UUAGUGGAGGCUCAAGCUGAAAAGAAAAAAGAACAGGUGGAUGGUCUGUGUCUGUAUGUGAUGGUGAAUAUGUGUGUGUGUCGGCGGGGGGAGGUAGGAAGAGGAGGCAGGGGCACUUCAAAGAGAUUCAGAGCAUGAGAAAGACUUGCAGAAGGACUGUGAGCCAGGGAAAUCCUGAGCUGCUCCAAGCUUAGAAUGACCCCAAAUACCAGCCAGCAAGGCAAAGGAAACCCCAGUCCUACAACCACACGGAAUUGAAUUCUCCCAACACUCUGAAUAAGCCUCGAAGUGGAUUCUUCCUAGACAAGAGCCAGUGACUUGAUCUCACCCUUCUGGGAGCCAGAGGAAGCAGGUAAUUCAUUGGGCCUCUCUGCCCCACCAUGACCACCUGGGCUCUCCUGUUCCUUGCUGUGCUCCUGGACACCCCAGGUCUUUCUUCCUCUGAGCACUAUGACCAAGCACCAAGUGGCCCAUGUAACGGAGAGCUGUCCUGCCAGGGCCUGAUCCAGGAGGACCUCCAGGACGAGCUGCUGACCAAAAGUGAGGGGCUGCGCAUCACCUGUUCAAUCUGUAAAAAGAUAAUCCAUAAAUUGGAGACAAUGGUGGGAGAGCAGCCAAAUGAGGACACCAUCGCGCAGGCUGCGUCCCGUGUAUGCAGUUGGAUGUCUUUAUUGAAAAAGCCCUGCAGUUACAUUGUGAACAAAUUUCUCAGUCGUAUCUCCCAGGACAUCAUGCAAGGCAAAAAUGCCCGUGACAUCUGUGUGGACCUAAAAAUGUGCAAACCUCGCGCAGGUCCCAUGUGAGCCUCCACCUUGGGGAAGACCAUGGAAAUUCCAGCAACCUCUGCCAGCUCCUUCCUUCCUAAAGCCAGAUUCUACCCUCCAGUUCCUCUCACCUAACUCCCACUACUGACCUUGCCCUCUCAGGAGAAUAAAAUGUCAU